AUGCCCGCCGUCUAUGUCCUGAACAAGAUCGAUCAGAUCUCCAUCGAAGAGCUCGAUAUCAUCAGUCGGCUGCCCCACUGCGUGCCCAUUUCGGCCCAGCACGGCUGGAAUCUGGACGAGCUCAUCGACAAGGUUUGGGACGAGUGCAAGAUGAUCCGUAUCUACACGAAGCCCAAGGGGCAGAUCCCCGACUAUACGGCGCCUGUGAUCCUCCAUUCUCAUCACCCCUCCGUGGAAGAUUUCUGCAACCGCAUCCACCGCACCCUCAUCUCCUCCUUCAAGUACGCCUGGGUGUGGGGCUCGAGCGUGAAGCACCAGCCCCAGCGGGUGGGGAAGGAGCACAUUCUGGCGGACGAGGACGUGGUCCAAGUGGUGAAGAAGAGCGGAUGA